AGCUGGGCUGUUCCGUGAACGCACCUCCCUCUUCCUGAGCGGCUUUUCCACUUCUGCAGCAGCACCGAAACGCCUUUACAGCUGAGUGGGUUUAAUCAGGCUCAGAUCCGAUUGGCAGACCCAGGUCAGGACCCACCAGAGCACAGUUAGGAUUAAACCAGGCGAACUCGCAAUAACUUGUGUGAAAGUGAGGAGAAGAGAGUGGGACACUCUGCAGCGCGGACUUAUCUCCCCAACAGGACGGGGGCUGGAUGUUUUUUAAGGGAUACCACUCAUUCUAACAUAAACAUACCCUCCCCAGCAGCAUCCUGAGAAGUCUCAGUCACUUCCACUGUGAGGGAGCAACAGGUUGAGCAGCACUGUGAAGGAGAGAGAAGCUCACCAUGCCGAGCAAAAGCCAGUAUCUGCGCCCCCGGCUUUGCACGCUGCACAAGGGGGAUAACGGCUACGGUUUCCACCUCCACGGGGAGAAGGGCAAGACGGGCCAGUUCAUCCGGCUGGUGGAGCCCGACAGCCCCGCCGAGACCUCGGGGCUGCGCGCCGGAGACCGGCUGGUGUUCGUCAACGGCGAGGACGUGGAGAGCGAGAGCCACCAGCAGGUCGUGUCCCGGAUACGAGCAACCGUGGGCCCGCUGGAGCUCAUCGUGGUGGACCCGGAGACGGAGCAGCUUCUGAAGAAGCACAACUUAAAGUGUCUAAAGGAGUACGUCUCCGAGGGGCUCCCCGUACCUCUGGAAGAGGAGGAGGUGGAGGAAAUGGUGGAGGUGGAAGAUGAGAAAGUGGCAGAGGAGGAGGUGGUGGUGGUGAAGGAGGACACGGAGGCAGACGGGACAGAAAACGGGGAUGUGAAGGUGACAGAGAUGGAAGAUGAAGAGGAGGUGGCAGAGCAGGAGCAAGAGGAGACACCCAGGGAGCCCACUCCGGCCCCUGUGUUACCGGAUAGGAACGGAGAGGUCCAUGGACAGGUGGAGAAGAAGCUGAGGAUCAGCUCCGAGAAGGAGGUGCGCAGUGAGCUGCGGCCACGUCUCUGCGCGAUCCAGCGAGGGCCCAACGGAUAUGGCUUCAACCUGCAUAGCGAGCGGGCGCGGCCGGGCCAGUACAUCAGAGCAGUGGAUGAAGACUCUCCAGCUGAGAGGGCCGGUCUGCAGCCCCAGGACAGGAUAGUAGAGGUGAACAGUGUUUCUGUAGAGGGGAAGACGCAUUCAGAGGUGGUCGCCACCAUUAAAGCGGGCGGGGACGUGACCCGGUUGCUCGUAGUGGACUCCGACACCGAUGCCUUCUUCAAGAGAUGCAGGGUGACCCCCACCUCCGAGCACUUAACUGGUCCACUUCCAGAGCCUGUUGUUAAUGGAGAAACAGAAGAGAAGGUGAAUGGUAGAGUGGCCAAAGAGCCAGAGAGGAACUCAAAGCUCUCCAUCAGUCCUUCUCCGUCCAAUGCGUCGUCCAACGCCUCACUCACAACCCCAACUGCACACACCCCGCCUGAGGGUCCAAUCACAAAUGCCAUCCCAGCACUUAACCUCACCCUGCAGCAGGUCAAGGAGCUCACCCACCAGAAACGAUCCAACAAGAGAGCUCCACCCAUGGACUGGACCAAGAAAAACGAGCUCUUCAGCAACCUAUAGGACACCUCCGCUUACCUAAAACACACAUUUUUAUUUUAGGAAAUCUUCCCAAGAGAUAUCAGAGAAAGGUAUUUUAUUAUGAGAAAAGAGAAACACACCUUAGAAAACUAAUGCUGUUCUGUAAAAUAUAGUAUUCUUCUAGGUAUUAUGCCUCAUGUUAUUAUAACCCAUUUAUAAUAAUGUAUAUUUUUCUGUGCUUUUAACCAGAAAUUAUAUAUGCCAAUGAAUCAGAGAUCUAUAUUCUGUUCAGGUGGGGCUAGAUAUUUCUUUUGUUUUUGUUUUCAUUUCUGGUGAGUGUCUGUGUAUGAUCAAGCAUGUCUGUUUGGCACGUGAGGAGAUGUGAAGGAGUUGCAGAUUUUAUUGACUCACUCCAAAAUCAUUGAAACCACUGACUUUUUUUGUUGUCCAAACACCCACAUGACCAACAGCCUGACCAAGUGUGACGGGUUUGGUUGGGUUUAAUGGUUGGGGCAAAACCUUUAAAAAAAAAACACAAAUCUGUCGUUCUUAUACCUAUUGUUGCUUUUAUUUUGUCCGUCCUGAAAGGCGAGCCAAAAAUGAUUAAUGUUUCAUGUAUUGUUCAUUAAUUUUAGGUGAAAAAGAUUUUUUAUUCCUCAUUUUUACAGAAGUAAUUAGUCAGAAGAUUACUUUUACCUGCUAAGAAGCCAUAAAGCCAAUAGAAAAUAGAACAUUUUGUCAUACCAUUCCUUUAUGAGACAAUGUAAAUAUUAUGUGGGGGGGGGGGAAGAAAAGUUAAUCACCUGCCUUUCGGGGCUUCCAUCAUUUGUCCUUCUUGUCACCUUUAAAAUUAUAUUUGUUGACAUUUUAAACUAAAACCCCCAUAUGAAUUCUUUAAAUUUUCACCUAAGAUAAACAUUGCUGCUUUGUUAUAAAAUUGUUUUAAUGUGAUCCAGCUCUUAGGGGGAACAGCUUAAACCUGGAAUUAACUAUAUUUUAAAUUGCAUUCUUGUUUAAUAUAUGUAUGUGUAUAUGUCUUUUAUCAUGUAUGUUUUUAGACUUCUGACUUAAGUUCUUAAGAUUUUAUCCAGCCAUAACAAAUGUGUACUUUAGUGUGAGCCACAUUGUAAAAUGGGAAACUUUCAGCGCCCCCUUAUGGCCAUCGCUGUAACUGCUCAUUGGUGCUCGGAUCACAAACGUUAACAGCUAGAGGUUUUUCUUCCUCCAGGAGAAAUGAGAAUGUAAGAGAUGUCUUAAAAACUGUUACUCUGUGUCACUUAGAUCCUCACAUGGGAUUUCUAUCCUUCAAUAGAUUCCAUAAGUAAUAACUGGAGUUGGGAAAUGUGGAGACAACAACUGAGUUUAAGGAAAGAUAUUUGUACUUUGUGCAAGCAAUAAGGAUUUUCCACUCUGUAGUGUGUCUGUCAUGGCAACAUUAUUGUGUUAUCUGAGAAUGAAUAAAAAUAUUCUCAAGUCCA